UCAGAAGCACUUGUUUCAUUGUUCAAAAGAAGAAAAAGUUUUUAUGAAGAACCUUUCAGUCUCGUCGUAAACACCAUCUCAGCCACCUCAGACAACAGGAACAAUAAUGAGACUAAGUGAGUUGUUUUUUGGAGCAUGGUGCAUGACACUUAUGAAUGGGAUUGCUACAGUGGUGACGGAGGUAUGCAGAAGGGGUGAGCACCCAGUCUAUACCACAGAACUAAAAUGCUGCCCGAAAUGUGAAAAAUCUUUGCCCCAAGAGCCAUGUUCCCACGAGACGAUAGAAUGCCGCUGUCAUGAGGGCUUUGGUUGUCAAACAACAAGUUGUACAGAGUGCAUACAAUUGCCAAUGUGCAAGAGUGGGGAGAGACUUAGACGAACAGAGAUGAGCUCCAGCUUUUACCAAUAUAAGUGUGAAAAAUGUCCAUCUGGAAUGGAUUUAGAUAUGAAAAGUGGACAGUGCAAACCUGUUGAAGUGCCUCGUACUUCCCCCACUACCAAAAACCCUUCUACUGGAAGCACUACUGGAAGCAACAUACCCGACAACAACAAUAAUACGUGGAUUUUCAUGUGUGUUUUUGUGGGAGUUUUUUUAUUGUUAAUUACAGUAGUCAUCCACCUCCUCAUACACAAAAUAAAAAUGGCCAAAUCUUUAAAAAUGGAAGGAGAUCUUAUCCAACAGCAUACGAUUGUUCCAAUAAACAUAAAAGAAGAUGGAGACACGUGGAGCUAUCAGUAUCCAGAAGAAGAGCAUGGAGAUGGAGCGCUGAAGACGGCAGCUUUUUAAAUUGCUCUUCAGGCUGACCAAUCACAGUAAAUGAAGACUUUCCUUGGCUAUCAGUUGACUCUGGGAUGCACUGACAUGAUAUCAUUUAUAGUAGCCAUAAUUUAUGAUCAUUGAUAUUUAUAAUGUGCAUUUCAUCAGAGCUUUUACUUAAAGCUGAACCCCUAGCAAACCGCUAAAUACAUAUAAAGGGGUUGUUUUUCCUGCUUAAGGAUUUGUAUUUCUGCCCAUCCAGUCCCAAAAUGUAUACAGCUCUGGUACAUAGUACAGCCUUGCAGGACAAGAGACGUGAUUUUCUCUGCUGCAGUUAAGUAGCACACCAGGUCUCCUACCUACUCUGCGACUGGACAGUGAAAGGAAAAGCAGCACAUUUAUAAGCUCAUCUGUCACUCUGCUCUCUUCCCCAAUUAGCAUUCUCUUUGCACUACAGCUCAACUGAGGCCUCGUACACACGAUAGGUUAACCAGAGGA